AUGUCAUUGCUUCUAUUGUUGGAGGUAAUUCUGGCAGGCGUCGCUUCAGGACAGAAGAAUAUCAUCACCCUGAAAGAUGGGGGCUAUUCAAAUCUUCUCAUCGCAAUCGAUCCUCAAGUGGAAGAGAAUCCGACCAUCAUCGAUAAUCUCAAAACUAUGUUUACAUCAGCAUCCCAGCGUCUUUACCAGGCCAGUAAGAAGCACGUCUACUGGGAACACAUCAAGAUUCUAGUUCCAAACACCUGGUCCAUCCAGUCCCAGUACCAGUCAGCAAGAACCGAGACCCUACAGUCCGCCAACAUCAUCGUCCACGAGUUUGAGGACGACGAGCCAUUCGUGGAUAACGUAGCAGGUUGCGGGAAGGAAGGGAGUCUGAUGCAUAUGACACCGAAGUACAUCAUUGAUGAAGAGUAUAGAGAAGACAAGUUUGGCAACACAGAUCGCGUCCUCGUCCGUAGCUGGGGAUACUACCGGUGGGGGUUGUUCAAGGAACACUAUGACGGCAAAGGAGGAGGUGCUCCUGCCUACGAUUCGCCAUACAGUGGCACAGAAGGAACCCGUUGCUCGCUUAAGAUCAAAGGAAACCUUGAGAUGCCAGGAGGCAGUCCUUGUCAGAGAAGCCCUAACAAUGCUAACUCUGGUUAUCAUCCCGACUGCCGCUUCGUUCCCGAGACUCAAGGACAGACAGCUACAGCAUCGUUGUUGUUUGCACCGAGAGGUGCUCACAUACAUUCGGUCGAGGAUUUCUGUGAGGAGGAUUCGCACCCGGAUAGCGUACACAAUCCGCUAGCUGCAAACCUCAUGAACAUCAAUUGCGGUGGCGACAGUGCAUGGAAGGUCAUGCUAGACAGAACAACAGACUUCCGGAAUGGUACAUCACUGAUAUCUAACACCACACCCAAUUUUGAAGUCCUUCAGGUCUCUUUGGUCCGAAGUGUCGUCCUUGUGCUUGACAUCAGUGGUAGUAUGGCAGGUAAUCGAUUUGAUCGAAUGAUUCAAUCAUCUAUUCAUUACAUUAUGAAUAUAAUUCCGGAAAACAGCAAACUCGGAAUCGUUAGUUUCUCAACUGGCUCGUCAGUAAGAGCCUCUCUUACGGAUAUCACCGAUACGUCUUCGCGAGAAGGACUCGUCAACGACUUACCUUCAGGAACAACUGGUACCACCUGCAUUGGAUGCGGGAUAUUAAAAGGCAUUGAGGUACUUGGAUCUUAUGCAGAGGGUGGAUACCUCUUACUCCUCAGUGAUGGUGGUGAGAAUGUAUAUCCGUACAUCGAAGACACGUACGAUGAAAUUGAAGAAGCAGGUGUCAUCAUUGACACCAUCACCAUAAGCAACGCAGCCGAUCCGAAAAUGGAGGAUCUGUCUACAAGGACAUCAGGCUUAUCAAGCUUCUGCUCGGACACUGGGACUGGAACGUGUCUGCAGCAAGCAUUCCAGAGAACUGUCACAGAGAGGCCCGACAUUAGCAUGGAAACAGUUCCAGCACAGGUUGGUUAA